AUGGCGACAUCUCACCACAAGUUUUCGCUCCAUAGUGACCAUAGCUACGUCAAGAUCGCCAUCUUCUCUGAGGACGGUUUUGUGCCGGUAGACGACGUAAAGCAGCUAAAAUUUGCCAUUUACAACACGCUCAAGACAGUGUUUGGUGUCGUGGGAGCAUCGGCUAGUGAGUUUGACGUCUUGGCGUUUAAUAAGAUGGCGGCAAAUAGCAGUGAACCCACUACAGCAUUGUUUCGAGUCCGGCGUGGUGGACUGGAGACUCUGCGAGGUGCUAUCACCAUGUGUACAACUAUCAACGGGAAGCUAUGCAAGCUAGAGGUUCUACACAUGGGCGACUCGCUCAUGGACAUGGCUUCUGGACGAUUUUUGUAG